CAAAGAAGGAAAAAAUUAGUAAAUUCGAUCAUAUUUCAGGAAAUAUCAACACAGACCAUAGUAGAAUCAAUGUGUUGACUCGAUAUAGGCUGCCGAUUCCAAAUCUAAAUUUGGAAGAUUUCAUCUUACUUUACCACAGUGACAAUGGCAGAAGGAAAAGGAAACAAAAUGUUGAGGAUUUUAUGUCUCCAUGGGUACAGACAAAAUGCUAAGGCAUUCCGUGAAAGGACAGGGGCCUUUAGGAAGAUUAUAAAAAACAGAGCAGAUCUAGUCUUCAUUGACGCGCCUAAUCAGGUGCCUCCAAUGGAAAAUGUUGAAGACCAGACUCCUGACCAGAAGGGUUGGUGGUUCUCUCGUCAAGAUGAUUAUUUCAAUGCAACCGAGCAAGCCAACUGUAUUAAAGGGUACAAAGACUCGUUACUAGUAAUUGAACAAACUUUCCGAGAACAAGGUCCAUUUGAUGGUGUAUUAGGAUUUAGUCAAGGGGCUGCUAUGGUAGCAUUAUUGUGUGGGGAAAUGCAGAGAAAUCCAGAUGGACCAUUCCAGUUCAAAUUUGCAAUUAUGGUGGCAAGUUUUAUAAGCAAAUCAAUAGAACACCAAGAAUUAUUUAAAGAGCCCAUUACUAUACCAACGUUACAUGUGUAUGGUGAGACAGAUAAAGUGAUAUCCGGUGAAAUGAGUGAAGAACUCCUAGGUAGUUUCAGAGAGCCUACGAUACUUCAACACAAGGGGGGACAUUUUAUACCAGCUACCAGUCAACAGAAAAAAGUUUAUUUAGAAUUUCUGGACAAAAUGAAACAAUCAACAAGUUGAUUAGAAUGUAAUUUAUUGAUAAAAAUUUACAAUCAUUUCUUUCAAAUACUGUCAUUUUCUAAAAAAUCAUAUUUGUGGUGUCACUAUCAAUAUAUAUUCUUUAAUCAGAUAUUUAGAUUUAUUAUGCACCUCAUUAAAAU